AUGGUGGUGACCAAGUGGGCCCUGGUGCGCUCGCUGUUGAGGCCAAAGUUGGCUCAAAAGCUGGCCGACGAGGCCAACAAAGAAAGAACCGGUUCGACUCCCGAGCACAACCACGAAGACCACGACGACGACGAGGAGGACGAUGUGGACCACGAGCAAGAAAUGGCGAGUAAGGGGCAGCAGGAGAGGCAAGAGAAGGAGAAGGACGAAAGGCAGGAGAUCAAUGACAAGACGGAGAAGGAGAAAGAGCACUACCGCCUGAAGCUGCUCGAGGUGGAACAGGAGAAUGAGAAGCUGAAGGCGCAGAACAAGGUGGACGAGCGCGUGGCGGAGGAGGCCGGCAGCCCGGUUCCGUCCGGCAAGCCCGGCAGGGAGGAGGCGGACUCCGGCGAGCAUCGGGGGCCCUCGCCGGGUAAAGAGUCGCAGGACGUGGAGUACGGGUUCGACCCGUUCUACGGAAAACCGUGGGGCACGGAGGUUCCUAAGGUGCGGCCGGGUGUCGGCGAUGCCUCGGAAACGCCCCCGGCCUCCGGCCCGACGCGUCGAAGACCCCUGUCCCGCAGCCGUGUCCUGGCCUCCCGCAAGAAACGGUGGAAUCAAAAGAGGGGUGGCGGACCCGACUUCCGGUUCGACUACAUGCCGAACUCGCUGUCGCUGGACGACGCGGGGGAGGCCGUGUCUGCUCCUCCCAUGUCCCUUGGGCGAAGGACAGCAGAAGACCCGCGUGUGUCGAGGUCCGCUGCAACCGUUGGAGAUAUGGUGAUGGAGGAAAAGGAGAUGGAGAAGCAGCAACAGGUGAAGGAGGCCGGCAGAGGCUCUGAGGCGGCGAAAGAAGGGGGCAGUAGUAGGGAUUUGGGGGGCUCUAUUGCAGCAGACACACGCGGAGGCGGAGGUCUUAAGGUACCUGCUGAAGAGCAUCUGCGUACGGUCGAAAGCGCCGCGGCGGUGAGCCCUUCCGGGGCCAUGGAUGCUGCCGCUGCCGCUGAUGAGGAGGUAGCGCUUGCAGGAGAGGGGACCGCGAAGGAACAAAGGGAGACAGAGGUAGCGGGAGUAUCCUUGAUGCACGGAUUGGUGGGCGUCUCGGCAAUUGCUGCUGUGGCCGAUGGCGGAAAGGCAGGAAACGUCGACGCUGCAGACGAGGGGGGAAAACGGCCUCUGGACGAAGUACCCGUGGCCACGACGGACGUUUCAGGGGAAGUCGAGGCAUUCGAGUACGUGGACCACGAACAGAGUGCCGCACACGCCAACGAUGACAAGGGCGAGAGCAGUUCGACCGAAGGGGAAAUCGGGAGUGGAAGCGCCGCCGCUGAACCCGAUCUCGAACACGCUGCGGCAUCAUCAUCGGUAGUUGCUGAUGGCGCUGCCGGUGGCUCGUCCGUGGACGGGUCGACAGAUGAUUCGGGAGCCCCUUGUGUUGAGGAUGAUGUCUCGGCCGAGACGGUUGUCGCCGUGGAGACUAAAGGCGAGGACCCCGAUUACCUUUUGCCGGCGGUUGAUGAGGCGGAAGCAACUGAAUCUUCAUCGGAGCAACUUGCCAGUAGCCCGGGUGACGUGGCGAAGGAAGCUGCAGCCGAGCAAGGUGUCGCAGAGAGUGGUUCGGAUGGAGAACAAACUAGAGGGAGCGGCGACAUGUCGACGGCAGCGGGUGCGGGCGCGGAGACCACAUCUCUCGAGACCGUGGAUGCAAGGUGGGGUGCUGCGUGA